UUCGAAAUAGUUUUAUCGUAAUUCUGCCAGUAUAUCGUGUUUUAUUUCCGUCACCGAGUAGAACAAGUACAUUGGUUGGGCUCAAACAGUGAAAAAAAGUCAUAUAGUCAGUUUAAGUUGUCUGAUUCCUCUCUGCCACGUCACGCAAAAUGUCUACUCAAAGAGCUACUGGAGGUCGUGGGAGGAAGCGCAAGGCUAAUGCUGCUGAAGCUCCAGCAAAGAAACAGAAACAAAAAAACAUUGAACAUGUGUCCCAUCGUCGGGAAAGUGGCAUUGUGUUGACAAUUGGUGAGGGAGAUGUUGGCCAGUUAGGUCUUGGUGAGGAUGUCUUGGAGCGUACCAAACCUGGCAAGGUGAACAUCCCGGAUGCUGUGGUGCAGGUUCAUGCUGGAGGGAUGCAUACGGUCUGUCUGACUGUAAAUGGAGAGGUGUAUACAUUUGGCUGUAAUGAUGAAGGUGCUCUUGGGAGAGAUACUACAGAAGAAGGAUCAGAAACGCUACCAGUGAAGGCUGAUUUAUUAGAAAAAGUAGUGCAGAUCAGUGCCGGUGACAGUCAUACUGCUGCAUUGACUGAUGAUGGACGGGUGUUUAUUUGGGGAACUUUCAGGGAUGCCAAUGGGGUGAUUGGUUUGUUGGAAGAGAGAGCUGUUCAAAAGACACCUGUCCAAAUUUUCAAAGACCUGGUUGUUGUGAAAAUAGCUUCAGGAAGUGAUCACAUUAUAGCAUUGACUACGGAUGGCAUCAUUCACACAAUCGGCAACUCUGAACAAGGCCAGCUUGGAAGGCUUGCAGAAUGCAUGUGUCAGCGAGGAGGAAGAAAAGGCGUUGGAGUACUUAUCAACCCUGACAAAAAUGAGAGUGAAGUGCGGUGUAAACGAGUCAAAGGGAAGAAAUUGAAAUUUGUUGAUGUGUGGGCCGGAGCCUUUGUGUCUGUGGCCAAGGAGGAGUCGGGUGAUAUGUAUGCCUGGGGUUUGAACAACUACUACCAACUAGGUGCUGGUGAUAUGGUGAAUCGGUUUGUUCCUCAGCGGAUGGAGACAUUUAGCAAGAAGCAGUGGAAAGACAUUGGAAUUGGAAUGCAUCAUAUCAUAGCACUGGAUACAGAAGGAAAAGUGCAUGCCAUUGGUCGGGGAGAGUAUGGGCGCCUUGGUCUCGGUGAAGAUUGUAAGGAACAGAAAGAGCCCAAACAUAUUGGCACAAUGAAUGGGACAAAGGUCUCGAGCAUAGCAUCUGGAUCGUGUUGUUCGUUUGCUGUGUCUACAGACGGCACUGCUCUUUCAUGGGGAAUGGGGUCAUGUAAACAGUUGGCAUCGACAGAUGACGAUGAAGAUGCGUGGGAACCAACGUUAAUGAAGGGCAAGCAGUUAGAAAACAGGUCGGUGAUCAUGGUGUCGAGUGGUGGGCAGCAUACGGUUCUUCUUGCCAAGGAUAAGGCGUGAGAGUGAGCCCACUGGAUUUUGAUAUCAACUUCCUCAGAAAUGCAUGGACUUAUACCUACAACCACCUACAUCCAUUUUUAACACGCUAUGGACCCAGGAUGGCAUAUUAUGUUAUGUUUUUUUUGGAUGCAUCAGAACUGAAUGUUUACAGUGAUGUGUAAAGUUCUUGGGACACUAGUUACACGUCAUUUGAACCUAAUAAAGCCUUACUUCUAAAUCAUCAAUUGAUAUGUGGUGCACUAUAGCAGAAACUACCGGUACCCUUUGGCAGCAUUUUUGACAGAAAUUCUCAUUCUGAAUCGGCAGUGUGAAUUUUAAUCCAUGUCCUCGUCAGUUGUAAAAUGACUCCAUUUCAUGAGAAAUGAAACAAUUGUGUGAUCUGACUUGGUUUGUUUUGUGAUUCUUCUUAUGUCCUUUUUGAAUUUGUGUGUUGUUGAAACUGUAUAUGGAUAUUGAAUGACUCCCCCUUAUCUUGUAAAAGGGGUUGUAAAAUUUAGUUCUUGUCAUGCAUGAAUAUGAAUUAGUCACAAGAUUCAUGGUAAGGUUCUUUUCUAUAUUUUACUAAAAGGUGUGUAGCUUAGAUUAUGUUUAGUAUUUGUUUCUUGGAAUUCCUUGUAUUUGAACUAGAGGGGCCUUACUAAAGAAUUCAUUGCCUUUUCCCCUCGGUGAUUAAGGCCACUUAUUUUGUCAAUGAAAACGAAGCUGAGAAAUGACAGUUGAUCAACAUGUAUUGCCUACAGGGAGACUUAAUGAAAUGGCAAUUGAGGGAGACAGUGAGUGACUUGACUCGAGCAAUGUAGUGAUCCAUCCAUAUUCGUCAACCCCUUUCACCAACACCCAGCCCAAAAAAACCAAUACACUUGCUAAAAAGUUCAUUUUUCUGAAAUAUUCUACCAGUUAAAGGUCAGAAAAAAAGACCUCUUUAUUAGGCGUACUGAGUUUAUAGGAUUGCCACUUAUUGAGACACCCUGUAUCUGCAGUUUUCUUUUCCCAUUUUCCUGAUCAUGUGUUGGCUCUUUAGCAGCAAAUUGCCCAGUUAAAAUGAUUCAAACUCACACCUGAAAGGUAUUGUAUUCUGAAUAUCAUCAUGUCCAUCUAUUUUAUUGAAUGUUGUUUUUAUUCUCGAUGUAUGACGAUGUUUUUAUUGACAAGUCUGCUUGAUAUUUUUGUAACAACUGGAACUGUAAUUUUAUAUUGAUCAGUA